AUGGCCAAUCGACUGACUAACUCGCGCCCACACACGCACCUGCGUCUAUACUCCCUCAAGGUCAUCGAGUGGCUAAGCUUAGUGCGAAGCCCGUGUACAAGCAUCUCAACUUCGACUCUCCUCUCCUCUGCAUCAUCGCAUCAACACCCUCCACCCUUCAGUCUUAACGGGCUCGUCUUCAACAUUUCGACGCGCGUUGCAGAGGGUGCUGAGGUGUGUCUCCACUGCGAGUACUUCCUUCGACCACAACCCAAAUACGGUUUCACAAUGAUCAUCUCCUUUUUGGAGGAGGUCAGCUUAACCAGGGCAGAAGUUGCCGCGGCCGCAUCCACUCAAUUUCGAUUCCCUGGCAAUCUUCGGGAAGCUCAUAAAAAGUCUGGUAAAGUGGUGAAUUACGUCUGGCUUAUUUUUGCGUUUGGUGGGCUGCCGAUCUGCCUGUUCCUCAUCUGGUACUGCGCUUGUCGUCCCCAACGAAUGAUUUUCAAGCGUGUGCUCAUCGAGAAGUCUUUGCUCCACUUCGCAGGAGCACCCAUGUCAUCUGGGGGACACCACCUUGCCAAGGUGACGCUGGUGCCCGAGCCGCGUCCUUCCCUUAGAGUCUACAUGAAUGCACUCUACCAGCGGAGAGAGUUGGAUCACUUUUCAGAGGUGGAUGAAAUUUGUGAAGUCGUGAAGAAAGAGAAGGAAAGAGCGAAACUACGCGUGCGUUUUCUGAUGCCCUCUGAUCCAACCUACGAGGUACCCUUUGGUCGCAUGCAGGUCGAGGGGCGUAUUGGUGAGGGUGCCUUUGGCCUUGUCCUCCGCGGAUCUGCUAUGCACCUGCCUGGGGGCAUCAUCGGUCCCCUUCCUGUGGCUAUUAAGACGCUUCGAGGCAGAUUCCAUUUUGAUUCAUCCGAUGCAGACGUGGUCGCCUUCGUGCAGGAAAUUGAAAUGAUGAAAUUCAUCGGCAAACACGAAAACGUGAUUCAGCUCUACGCCACCAGCAACCACAAUGGUCGUCCGGUGAUGAUAAUGGAGUACGCUGCCGAAGGCAGUCUGGUUGACUACCUCCGGAAAAAUCGCUCAUGGCUUGCAACCCAACCACGUCCAAUGACGGAAUUGGUCCUCCUAUGCUUUGCUCGUCAAAUCGCCAAUGGGAUGGUCUACCUCGCCUCCAAGGACAUUGUUCAUCGAGACCUGGCGGCCAGGAAUGUGGUGCUGACGAAGAACCUAGUCGCGAAAGUCGCCGAUUUCGGUCUUACGCGCAAGGUGGAAUUCUACUACCGUAUGAAGGGAAAUGGUCGUGUUCCUCUAAAGUGGAUGGCACCGGAGUCCGUUUUCCAAAAGGUCUUCACAACAAAAUCCGACGUAUGGUCUUUUGGCGUGCUCCUGUGGGAGCUUUUCAGCCUUGGCGAUUCACCAGCAGCCGAUCUUUCAGUCAAUGAGUUCCUCGAGGCUCUGCACCUAGGCCCCUCACACUACACCAAGCCCAAGUAUGCCGAUGAAGAAGUCUUCUCUGGGCUCAUACAGCCCUGCUGGGAGCGCCAACCUGAGUGUCGGCCCGCAUUUACCGACAUCCUCGCUACACUGUCAAAACCAGCCCGCACCGACCUCGUUUUCGCUUUGGUCAGCGAUUUGCUUCCUUUGCCUCUGCGGCUCAUUGUCCUCUUCCCCAAGCCACCAACCGAUUCAAGCCUAGCCCCAGUCACACUGAGGUACGCUUUUUAUUGGCUACGCAGAAGUCUAACCACUUUGCACAUCGCAUUGGUUUGUCAUCGCUACCGUCCCCUGCUCUUCGCGGGCUGGCUGGGGUUAAUGAGACAGCAACAGGCCACGUCCAGCGCCACCGUUUCAGGAUGGGUGCGUGCGGCGGCCCUCGAUGUCACCGCUGUUGCGACCACUUCGUCCCUCGGCGGCAUCGUGGGCACUAUCAUACUGUUUAUCCUCCUCCAUCUCGCCGAGAGGUUCCAGUAG